AUGCCGGCGCGAUCUCUACUUGCAAUGAGCACUCGGAUUGCCAUACAGUAUUCCCGAAGUCUUACGGAUGUCGGGAAUAUUCCCUACCCACUCGCCAGGCCCUUCCUAAUUAAGAUAGAAAGCCCAGCUCAGUUGCGAGAAAUCGAAAGGAACUCUCCACAUAUCAUGGAAGAUGAUCGAGAGCUAUGGAUCGACUUCAUCAAACGAGACGUUCCUCAAUGGGACCAAUACGAAUUACCUGAGGAAUCGGCCUGCUGGUAUGAUAUUUAUAGCGAUUUGGUCGAACGAGUCCAACGAGAAGUCGAUGAGGAUGCCCUUCGUCUGAAACAAGCAGUCGAUAAGAUCAAUUCCGACAAGGCUAGUAACGCGGCCGUCUUUGUACGAGACACUAGCAUCCUGCCGAAGCCACGACGGAGGGCCCCGACCAGGACAGAACCGAAGAAAAGCGGUCUCUUUCAUACCAAAAGGAAUAGGGUGCUUGCCGUUCCAACACACCGUUUAAACAGUGGUGCAUCGCAGAUAAGACACGUUCCACAGUGGCUUGUUGAUCAACACAAACAGCCUACCACAGUCACACAACAACGUCCAAGUUCUGCUUCUGCUCCCAAGACUAGUGCUUCUGGUGUCACAGGUCACAACUCAUCCACAUCGAACAUUUCCCCGAAACCUCCAGGUCGUCCACAACCGGUUCAACUGGUCUCUCGAUCGACGGUGUCUCCGGCUAAGAGCCAAACAGCUCUUGCUUCCCGUCCAGUUUUGUCAGCGAAACGACCUUCUGAAGACCGACCAGCACGGGUUAAUACUGGUCCUCAAACGUCAGAUAGACCUUCAUUAACUCGUCCGUUAAUAGCAUCACCGGCACCACCGCUCAUCAAACGGCGUGCUAUCUCAAGCCAACCCAACGUAUUCAUUCAGCAGAAGAAGAGAAAGGCCUGA